AUGCCUGUAAGAUGGAACAUUGAUGACUUGAAGGGUGAACUGACUUCCAUGGCUACUUUGCUGGAGAGAAGAGGCAAAACCACACAGAUGUCAAUGGCCUUGGCCAAACAAUUCUGUAGCAAGCUUGAAGCAGCUGCCUCUGAGUUGUGUGCUGCUGCCCUUUUGAGUCUCUCUGACCACCUUGCUGAGACCAACUUGCCUGAGGAUUGUGUAGACCAGAUCACCCAGACCUUGGACAAUGUCUGCGUGAUGGAUGGUAGUGGCCAGUCAGCUCUGAAACUGACUACCAAAGCUCAGACAUGUGAUCACUUGGAGAACUUCUUGACAGGCAAGGACUGGACAGCUUUGGAGACUGAAGGUCUUUGGCCUGGAGUCCAUGUCCUGGUGAAAAGAUUGAGACUGAUUGGCAUUACCUCUCUCAAGGAAUGUGUCAAGAAGAUUAGUUUGGGUAUCUUGGUGCUGAUGGAGCUCCAGAGAUCAGGAGGUAGGAUGCCCAAGUACAUAGAAAUUUACAACUUGGGUACACACUUCAGCCAAGCUUUCAAUGCCAGCAGUGUGGUGGCACCCAAAGGAGUCAGACCUCUGCUGAACUACCCUGCCUGCCCACAAAUGAUCUCUCAAGACUUCAUUGACUUGGCCUAUAGCCAUGAUGAUCCCCCUGUGGACAAGGUUUUGGAAGACCUCAACUAUUUGAUCCUGAACCACAUUCCAGUGAGGUCUACCAGCAAGCUACUCAAAGAUGAGGCUGAAACUGAACAGAGGGCUGCUUCUGGAAGGCACCCUGUCAAGUCUUCCAAGCUGAAGGCCCCCAGUGUGUGCAGCAAAGAAGAGCAGGCAGCCUACCACUUGCAUGAAGCCCAGAAAUUAAUGGCUUUGAAGGAUGUUGAUGAGCACCCAAAGAGCACUGACUCUGACAACUUUAAAGUGCAGAGGGAAAGAGCAGUGCUGUUCAGACCACCUUCUUUCUCCAAAAGGUUGGAGCAGGCAGCCUUGCUUGUCACUGCUCAGCUAGCCCUGCCUGCUUCUGCUCCAGUAGAGCCCAAGACUGCUGAAGCCCCUGCUGCCCAAACUGUGCCUGAAGAAGCUACAGCACCCAGUGUGGACCCAGCCAAGCAGGCAAAGGACAAAGCAGCAGUUCAGCCUGCAGAUGCUAAAAGCAUUGAAGAGUUGGAAGAAGAGAACUUCAGAAGAUUGACAGCCAAAAAAGAGACCAUGCCCAAAGAAGGAAGCCAAGCAGAAGGAUCAGCAGGCACCUAA